AUGGCUUCCUCAGAGAACAUCUAUCCUGUGUGCUAUCCUGAUAUCAUCACUGAGCACACCUCAAUUGAAGAAGCUCUUCAGUCAUUUCCUCUUCCAACAAAACAAAUCAACAGAUCUUAUCAUGUCGAAAACUCUAAAAAAACUGGUUAUUCUCCAGUUUUCAGAAACAUUUCUGCUAAGCAUGGCUUGAUUACGACUAUGCAUCCUGAUCUUACGACUGUCUAUGAUAUUUUUCAAUUUACCGCUAAAUCUUCCGCAAAGAGUCCCUUUUUAGGUAGAAGAAUUUUCCAUCCAUCUACAAAUGAGUUUGAUGAUUUUUACACUUAUGACGAUUUCGAAACUGUCCAGCACCAAAGGGACCAUUUGGGUUCUGGGAUAUUGUCAAUAAUUGAGCAAAAGUUUCCUGAAUUACUAUCAAAUGAUAACUCUCACGACGGUAAUAAAUUUGUCUUAUCAAUUUUUGCUUCAAAUUGUCCAGAGUGGAUUAUAACUGAUUUAAUGUGCCAUGCUUACUCAAUUCCAAAUACAACUUUGUAUGACACUUUAGGUCCAAAAUCUUCGUUUUAUAUCUUAUCUUUAACUCAAUCUCCUAUCAUUAUUCUAACAAAGGACAAAAUACUCAAAAUUUGUGAAUUGGUAUCAAAUUAUGACCAAUUUAAAGAUGAUUUCAAAGAUAUUAAACAAACUUUGAAAAUCAAUUUGAAAUUGAUGAUUUCAAUCGAUGAUUUAGACCCUGAAACUGAUCAAAACCUAUUUCAACUAACCAAAUCUUUAAAUGUCUCUUUAUGUUCCUUCAAUGAAAUUCUAUCAAUUGGUGAAUCUAAUCCUCAUCCAAACGUCCCCCCUAAUGCAAAUGAUUUAUUUACUAUCUCAUUCACUUCUGGUACAACUGGUACUCCCAAGGGUGUUGAAUUAACUCAUGCUAAUUUUAUGACUGCUGUUUCCUUCUUAUAUUGUCAUGUUGACGUCCCCAAAAAUGCACAUUCUCUAUGUUUCUUGCCUCUAGCUCAUGUGCUUGAAAGAUAUAAAGUUGUUUAUGAAAUUUCAGCGGGUGCUGCUUUAGCUUUUCCUCAUAUCCCAGGAAAAGUUCAAACUUAUAUUGACGAUAUUAAAAUCAUGGGCAAUUCAACUCAUUUAUGUGCCGUUCCAAGAUUAUAUAAUAGAAUUGAAUCGGGUUUGAAACAAAAUUUAAAAUCAAUUCCUGGCUUUAAAGGUUAUUUAAUUAGAUACAUUGUCGGCUUUAAACAAAGAUUGUUAUUCAAUUAUCAUGUUUCCGAAUCCGCUUGGUUGAAUCAAUUACUUAAUAAAUUUUUCAUCAAUAAAAUCAAAUCUAAAAUUGGUUUUAAAGAUUUAAAUUUUUUAAUUAGUGGUUCUGCUCCAUUGAAUGAAAAAUCAAUUAAAUAUCUCAGAGCAGCUUUAGCUUGUAGAUUUUUCAUUGGUUAUGGUUCAACUGAAACUUUUGCUGCUAUUGCUAUUAGUGACUCUUUAGAUAUCAAGCCCGAUAACUGUGGUCCAGUUGGUGUUACCGCUGAAUUGAAAUUAAAAGAUGUCCCUGAACUAAAUUACACUUGGGACUUGAAUAAAUCUGGUGAAAUUUUAGUCUCUGGUCCUCAAAUCUCAAAUCACUAUUAUAAAGAUGACAAAAAGACUGCCGAGUCCUUUGAAGAAGAUGAACUAGUUCCAGGAAAAAAAUGGUUUAAAACUGGUGAUAUUGCCAAAAUCGACGAAAAACAUGGAAAUAAAAUUAUUAUCAUUGAUAGAGUCAAAAAUUUCUUUAAAUUAAGUCAAGGUGAAUAUAUUGCUGUUGAAAAGGUGGAAAAUUCUUAUUCGACCUAUUGUGCUAACUUAAUUGACCAUAUUUUCAUUUAUGGUGAUUCAUACCAAUCAUAUCUAGUUGGUAUUGUAGGUAUUACAUCAGCUUAUGAUGAGAACAUUGAAGGGUUUAAUAAUGAAGGGUUUAAUAAGUCAUUAGAAACUUUAUUGGGUAAAAAAUUAAAAAAUAAUGAUUUGUCGUUAAGAAGAUUUUUAAUAUUGGAGAUGAAUCAAUUGAUUUCGCCAAGUGGAUUGUUUGGAUUUGAAAAGAUUAAAAAUUGUUAUUUCAAGGUUUCGCCAAUGACAAUUGAUAAUGAUUGUUUAACACCUACGUUAAAGAUUAAAAGAUUUAGUUGCAAGAAAGAGUUUAAAGGGGAUAUUGAAAGGUUGUAUAAAGAAGGUGCAUUAAAUCUAAGAAAGUAUUAA